GCUUGCUUGUGAAUUUUUAUCGCGCCCUCCUCUCGUCUUCAAAGCUUUCGACGAUGGAGAGAAGAGUAGUCAUCGUCGGAGCCGGCAUAAGUGCUCUUCUGGCCUGCAAAUACACCAUGGAGAAGGGCUUCAAUCCCAUUGUCUUUGAGGCCGAAUCAUCUAUCGGAGGGGUAUGGUUCAACCACACUAUUAAGUCAACAAAGGUCCAGAACACCAGGGAGGCCUACCGGUUCUCGGACUUCGACUGGCCGUCCCCUGAAGACGAUGACGGGUUCCCACCCCACAAUGAGGCCCUCGAGUACGUUAGGUCCUAUGCGAAGAACUUUGGGCUGUUGCCUCGCAUCAGGCUGAACUGCCGCGUCAUUGGGAUCCAGCAUGUCGGGGUAACAGCGCAGGAAAUGGAGGCUUGGGAUCUGUGGGGCGGCACUGGGACUGCAUUCGGGUCGGCUGGGAAGUGGCACGUGAAGGUCCACAACAAGGAGACCGACACCGUAGAGGUGCACCAAGCUGAAUUCAUAAUCCUCUGCAUCGGACGUUUCAGCGGUCUCCCGAACAUUCCAAAGCUGCCUCCUGACCAGUCCAUCGAGAGGUUCCGUGGAAAAGUGUUGAAUCCCAUGGAAUACUCUGCUCUUGACGACUCCGCUGCUGCAGAACUAAUAGAAGGAAAGCGAAUCACUAUUAUCGGAUCCGGGAAAUCUGCAGUGGACAUUGCAGCUGAAUGUGCAGAUGCAAAUGGUGUCCGGCAUCCUUGCACGAUGAUCCAGAGGACAAUUCAUUGGUUUAUACCCGAUCUUUUCGUGUGGGGUGCUGUCGGAUGCUUAUUCAUGAAUCGAUUCGGAGAGCUUUUGGUACACAUGCCUGGGGAAUCGUUCCUACGCUGCCUUUUCGUGACCCUACUCUCACCUCUCAGAUGGGGUGCUUCAAAAUUUGUGGAGAGCUGUCUCCGGUGGAAGCUUCCGCUGAAGAAGUACGGGAUGAUACCAGAUCGCAGUUUUCUCGAAGACUUGUCCUCCUGCACUAUUGGUAUCUUGCCCAAAAACUUCUAUGAUAAGGUGGAAGAUGGAAGCAUCAUUUUGAAGAGGUUGAAAAAGUUUGGGUUCGUCGAAGAAGGAGUCAUCAUCGAUGGAGAAGACCAGCCGAUUAGAAGCGAUGUUGUGAUUCUUGCCACAGGCUAUAAAGGUGAUGAGAAGCUCGCGAACAUGUUCAAAUCUCCGAUCUUCCGGGAACUUAUAGCCCGUUCACCAACUUCAAGUGUUCCUCUAUACAGGCAGACGAUUCAUCCUCAUAUUCCAAGCCUGGCAGUAAUUGGGUAUGCCGAGAGUCUGGCAAACUUGCCUCUAUUCGAGAUCCAGUGCCAAUGGCUUGCAGAAUUCCUGGAAGGGAACUUCGUGUUGCCUAGUAUCAAGGAGAUGGAGAAGGAUGUCAAAGUGUGGGAAGAACACAGGAAGCAAUAUGCUGGGAGGAAUUUUUGGAGGUCAUGUAUUGGGGUAAGUAACAUAUGGGCUAAAGACCAAUUGUGCAAAGAUAUGGGUUGCAAUCCCCGAAGGAAGAAGGGGUUUUUCGCGGAGUGGUUUCAGCCGUAUGGACCGACUGACUACGUAGGCCUCACGCGUAAUUCAUAAUAGGCAUUUGCCUAGUUCUUGAUUGAGUAUUGUUCUGCAACAACACAUAUUCUAUAGAUAAGUGCUCUCACCAACACUAUGUGUACAAUGAGAAAUUUUGCAUGUAUUUAUUUGCACUUAUUGUUCAGUACUGAAAAUAAAGUGUUUAAAUUUUAAGCACAAUAUAGAAUAAGUUCUCAAUGAAAUAAA